AUGGCCAAGUUCGAGAUUCCAAGCGAACAAUGGGCUCAGGUGGUUGAAAAGUCGGGCGGUCCCGUCGUCUACAAGAAGAUCCCAGUCCAGAAGCCCGGCCCAGAUGAAGUACUUAUCAACAUCAAGUAUUCAGGCGUCUGCCACACAGAUCUUCACGCCAUGAUGGGUGACUGGCCGCUUGCCACAAAACUGCACCUUGUCGGCGGGCACGAGGGCGCCGGCGUGAUCGUGGCCAAGGGCGACCUGGUAACAGAUCUCGAGCUCGGCGACUACGCCGGCGUCAAGUGGCUCAACGGCAGCUGCCUGGCCUGCAGCUUUUGCAUGCAGGCCGACGAGCCGCUCUGCCCGCACGCCCUGCUCUCCGGCUACACGGUCGACGGCAGCUUCCAGCAGUACGCCAUCGCCAAGGCAGCUCACGUGGCGCGCAUCCCCAAGGAGUGUGACCUCGAGGCCGUGGCGCCCGUCCUGUGCGCCGGCAUCACCGUGUACAAGGGCCUGAAGGAGUCCGGGGCGCGGCCGGGCCAGUACGUCGCCAUCGUCGGCGCCGGCGGCGGCCUGGGCAGCAUGGCGAUCCAGUACGCCUCUGCCAUGGGCCUGCACGUCAUCGCCAUCGACGGCGGCGAGGAGAAGGGCAAGAGCUGCAGGACCCUCGGCGCCUCGGCCUACGUCGACUUUUUGAACACCUCGGACCUCGUCCAGGAGGUCAAGAACGCGACGCCCGACGGGCUCGGCCCGCACGCGGUGCUCCUGCUCGCCGUGCAGGAGAAGCCGUUCCAGCAGGCCACCGAGUACGUCCGCAGCAGGGGCGCCGUCGUCUGCAUCGGACUGCCCGCCAAGGCGUACCUCAAGGCGCCCGUCUUUGACACGGUCGUGCGCAUGAUCACAAUCAAGGGCAGCUACGUCGGCAACCGCCAGGAUACACAGGAGGCGCUGGAUUUCUUCCAGCGCGGCAUGAUCAAGGUACCCAUCAAGACGGUGGGGCUUAGUGAGCUGCAGGACGUGUACAAGAUGAUGGAAGAGGGCAAGAUUGUCGGCCGCUACGUCGUAGAUACGAGCCGGUAA